UCCCAGUGCAAAAAUUGAAUUGACGAAAUACAUAUUUACCCAUUUUAACAUCAAAUAUUUUAUUUCUGUAGCUGUUAGAUGACCUUCUGAAAGAGUGGGGAAUCAAACACAAGAUUAUAGCUGUGCACCACCCACAGACAAAUGAGUUAGAUGAGCGGUUUUACCAAACACUCAAAGUGUCACUCUCAAAAGUCACUAAUGAGAGGUAGAAUGACUGUGAAAGGUAUAUCUGGAUCAGUGACCUUUGCAUAUCGUACAGCACAAAACUGCGCCACUGGAUACUGUUCUUUUUUCCUGAUGUUCAACAGGGAGGCUCGGCUGCCAUGCAAGUUGAGGUACAUAGAGAAAGAAGUGACAAUGCCCAGCAAAGAAGACUGUAAUGUGCAGAUGGAAUUCCAACACCAGCAACUUACUGAGUUACACGCUAAGAUAUGCAUUACAAGAAGAAAGUUGAAAAGUCUCAAGCAAAGUACAAGAGAUAGUAUGAGGCAAAGAAAGGAAAGAAUGUAGUAGUAUUUCAAUUAGAAAGUGGAAUGAAAGUUCUGAAGAAAUAACUUUCUUAAGGCUGGGUGGCAGACAGUUUGGAUCAGUGUUAAAGUCAAACUUUGUAAGAUAUGUCUUCUGAACAGUAAUAUGUGCAUUCAGCCAUUUGCAUUGUGGUUCCAGUAUCUACUUUAUAUCUGCUUAGAGGCCUAUCAUAGAGGCCUAUCAUAUACUAGCUAUAAUUGAUACAAUUACUGCAAAUAUAUCCAAUUCAGCACAUGCUUAUCUGUAUAUUUAUGACCUUGAUGAAGUGUAAAUGUCGAAAGGAAUUUGUUUAUGAAAUAGAUUUGAAUACUUUUUAUUAAUCAUACCAGUGCAAAGGAUAUUAUGGACAAUAUAUUUGAGGUGUUGGAUAUAAACUAUAAACCACUGCUGUUUAGAAAUCUUUUGAGACUGAUCACUGUACCAAGGACAGCAUAAACAAAGACUGAAUAUAACAAACCACUAGUAUCAAAGGACUGAAACAUUUCCUUUGAUCUUACUUAGUUUACACUAGCAGGUGGGAAAGGCAGUUUGCAUCA